AUGGCAUCACGCCCUAUAAAAUACAUCUCGCAAUCAUCGAUUUCUUUUGCAUCCGCUUUAUCGGACAAAGUAAAAAGCACGUUUUCCAUACAUUUACAUUUAAAAGCAUAUAGAAGAUUAUUUUACCUUGUUGCUGAACCAGUUUGGUACAUCAGUAUCCUUUUGUUUAAUUAUCUGGCCAUUAUUGCUAUAAUUUUCGCCUCAUUAAAUGGAAAGUGUAUUCAUGACGAAGAUUAUAGAAAAUACAAUAUUAAUCUUGUUAUGUAUAUUUUGGAUUUAGUUUAUUUGUUGGAUAUGAUAUUGGUGAUUGGUUGUAAACUUUUACCAAGUUUUGACUUAAUUGAUGUCGAUGUUGUUCUUCGUCCUUAUUACAUAAUCAGUUUGGAAUUAAUUUCUAUAAUACCUGUUGAAUUUUGUAUACCAACAAGUUCAACAUUGGGAGCAAGGGUGUUUUGCCUUGUAAAAUUAGUGAAAGUUUUAAGGUUUGCAAGAAUUUUACAUUUCUUUGUAACCCAUCGAAAUUUAAUUGGCAGUAAUCUUUUUACGCGGAUUAUCGCUUUGAUAGCAAUGGAAAUGGUUGUUAUAAUGCUAAUGUACACGGUUUAUUGUAAUAUAAAUUGUGCAACCGGAUUUUGCGAAGACAAUAAUUGUAAUUCUCCAAGAAUUAUUGUUUUAAUGAGCUCCGUUGUGAUGUCGUCUGGUCUUUCAAAUUUCGCUUACCAUUUCAGUUGGAGUUUAAUAAGCAUUUUUGGCAUGUUAAUAAGUUAUUAUUUGAUUUUUAUUUUAACAUUAAGCGAGAUUGCUUUUGAAUUUUUUCAAAAACACAUUCAAGGCGUUUCUUUCGCAAACACUUACAAUAACGUUAUUGUUAAACAAAAAAAAUGGAAAUCUCCGAGACAUUUGCAACAAGCGACUCGAGUGUACUUUAGAAAUGUUUGGAAGGAUCGUCGGGGUUAUCCCGAAACGAAUUUUGCGGAUGAAAAUUUACCUUAUUCGUUUAAAAGUCAAUGGAAAGAUAAAAUGAUUUACAUCGUUUCAGGAACUCUUCAAUUAUUAUCGGAGGAAGAUGGAGAAUCGCCGAUUUUAUCAUUAACCAGUGGUUCUUGUUUUGGAGAUUCUUGCAUGAUUCGAAUGUAUCCAUCAAGAAAUAAUGUUCGUUGUAAAGGAUUCGUUGAACUUUAUACAUUAAAAACGUGUGAUCUUAUUCGGUUGUAUAAAAAAUUUUCUGAAGAUCUUUCAGUUUGUAAAAUUGAUAUCAAAUGGAGAUACAAGCAGGCAAUGAAUUUACACGGAAUGGUUUUGGAAAGUAAACGGAGAAUGCAUGGAACUCCGCGACAUUUAGACAUUUACAAUUUGUUGUGGACGAAGAAUACUUUACACAAACACAUGUCCAAAACUAGAGAAUCAAUGCGAAGACAUCGCUUCCAAAAUAUUUAUUUAAUAAACGAAACGAAUCCGCGCGAUUUUAAACAGAUGCAUUUCACCGCUUACUUUUUGGACACCCUGGCGAUUACUGAAAGAUUAGAAAUUGAAACCGAUACGGUUUUUUUGAAACAUUCGUGUCCGUGUAUUUUACAACCGGAUUCUGUCAUCGUUUAUUUUUGGGAGUUUUUUGUUAUCGUCGUUACCCUUUUUGUGGCAUUUUUAAUACCUCAGAAAGCUUUUAUAAGAAACGUUGAUGUUAGCUGGUUACCGCUCAUUAUGUUUAUAUGCACUUUUAUUUUUUGUUUUGAUAUUUAUGUGCAGUUUUCUAUUGGAAUUAUUUCGAAGGAUGGCACAAAAGGAACAUUUAAGAUUAUAGCAAAAGAAAAAAUGAAUACAUGGGGAUUUUGGGCAGACUUAAUGUCAUGUUUCCCCAUGGAAGUAUUAAAAUGUAUCGUAUACGAAGACAAAAACGAUACUCGAGCGACCGUUCUAUACAUAAACCGUUUAAUAAAACUAUGGCGCAUCGAAAAAUGCUUAUUAAAUCUCGAAAAAAGAUUUAACACCAACAUAUUUAUCAUACAAUUUUUCCGUUACCUUUGGACAUUAAUUUACGCAAUUUAUUUCUCAUAUUGUUACUUACACAUGGCGGUUAACGUCGAAGAGAUCGAAGACAUCCCCAAAUACGAGAUAUUAUUUACAGCCGUUCAGAUUAUAACCUUAACUGGGAUUAACGCCGGACGUCAAUAUGAUUCGAUAAUCUUUUUUUAUUUGAACAUAAUUUCGUUGAUUAUAACGAUAUUGAUGCAAGCACAUUUUAUAGCAGCUUGUACUUUGAGUAAUUUAAAACAUAUUCAAAUUCAGUAUUACGUGAGAACGAUUUAUGAGAUUUUCAAAUCAAAACCCAAAUACAUUAAGAGGAUGCGAAAUUAUUUUAAUACCCAAUGGGAAGAUAACCGAUGCGAAAAUAUAUUAAAAAGCGUUAAUUUAAUUUAUGAGUUACCGAAACAUUUACGAGACGAUAUGUUUUUAUACGUUUCAAAAGAUAGAGUCGGAAAUUUAAAAUUAUUCCAAUAUUUACCAAAAUCGAUUGUUCACGAAAUGUUUUAUGGCGGAAUAACUGAAAUUGUCGAUUCUUUUGGAGUUCUUCACGAAUUAGAUUCUCGACCUUACGCUGUUAAUUUCGUUGAGGCCGCUUUAAGGGCACCAUCGGCGGGGACUAUAAUUACGUCGACUAACGUAAAGGUGUUUUAUUUUUAUAUCGAUGAAUACGAGGAUGUUUUAAAGAAACAUUACGAUUUAUGGAAAGAUUAUGAGGUGGCGAUUAAGAAAUGUGCCGAUUUAAGAGGAAAGUGUCGCGAGAUUUGCGACGAAGAGAGAGAUAUUAAUGUUAUUUUUAAAGAAAAAGUGAAUGAGGGAAAAUCUUGGCAUAAAUUUCCUCAUAAUAUAGUUAAAGAUUCGUAUUUGGAAUACGACUUUUUUAUCCCCUACGAUAAAUUAUACCCGUUUCACGGGUUAAGAUAUUUUUUGUUACGAACGACUUUUUUACCCGAAGGGAAAUUUUUGUUUUAUUGGGAAUGUUUUCGGUGUUUAUUUGCGUUUAUUGCUUGUAUAAUAUUUUUUUCAACUCCAUUCAUAACGCGGUAUGGAAAUUUAACGAUUUUUUUGGAUUUAACGUGUUUGGCCGAUAUUUAUGUUAGAUUGCACGUUUGUUAUUACAACGAAUAUGGUGUUUUAAUUUAUCACCCGGUUAAGACAUCGAAAUAUUAUUUAACUCACAGUUUUGUUAUUGAUUGCUUAGGUUCUUUGCCGUUUGGAUAUUUCUCAACGUUCGACGCAUUCGGGUAUUUCACGUUAAAUUUUCCGAGGUUGUUUCAAUUGUAUCGCUACGUCGGGUUUAUGAAGUAUUUGAGGAAAGAUCCGACGAAAUCAUCGUAUAAAUUGAUUGGAUUUCUUUAUAUCCCUUUAUGCUUGGUUAUAAUAAAUUUAUUGGGCGCUUUUAUGGUUACGGUUACUUGUGUUAGAGAAAUUGGUACGCAAAUGUGUUUAGAAUCGAUAAUGAUCGCUUGCCCGAAUAGAAAAUGGUUUAACGACGUGUUUAUUUAUGUCUCUGGUAUUUACGUUACAGCAACAUCUUUUAUGAAUUUCGGAAUGGGCGUUUUCGAUUUGCGAAAACGCUUUCAUUAUUAUUGUAUUGCAAUUAUUUGCGUGGUGGGGUUGUUUUAUAAAGUUAUUACAGUUUCAAAACUUCUACCGUUAUAUUCGUUUCGCCAACAACGCCUUCUUAAAUACCAAGAAGAAAUGAAAUCGCUAAAAUUCUUUUUAAAAACAAUCAACACGCAUUUUAUCCUCAAAAAGGCGAUUUUCGAUUUGUACAAAUUAAAAUGGGAUUUUAAUCGGAACCGCGAUAUCCAUAAAUUAACCGAAAUCAUAAUCGGAACAUUACGCACCGAUUUAAUUUACACAUAUUACGGUGAUACUCUCUAUCAAAAUUGCAUUUUUGAUUACACAAAGAAGCGAUCUUUUUACCGCAACUUUCUAAAUUUGGCCAAAUACGAGUGUUACCCACAAGAUGGUUAUAUCUUAACAAUAAACGAUGUCUCCGACUCGAUUUAUGUUUUAUACACGGGAUCCGUUGAUGUUAUAGCGGCCGAUGGCUCAAUUAUGGCUCAUUUAAAGCCGGGGGGUUUUUUCGGAAAUCUAAAUCAAAUUAAUUUCGAACGAAUUAAAGUUAGCGUUAUUGCGAUAAAACCAACAGAAAUUAUGCGUGUACACACAGAACAAUUUUAUAACCUUUUAAAUCAAUACCAAAAAAUAAAAUCGCAAUUUGACGAGUUACGCUUAAAAUACAUUUGUUACAUCCCAUCGAAUAAACAAGACGUUUUAAACAUAAUUUCAACAACGAACAAUACAAGCGUGAUCAUUUCAAUGAUUAGUUUAAUUCCAAUUGAUUUAUUAAUUUUGUAUACGAUGAACAAAGAAUCGCUUUUAAUGCACAUUCUUUUUAGUACGUUUCGAUUAAACCGUUUACUUAGAUUAUUAAAUUUGCGCGAUUUUUUCCGCAAAAUCAAAGCGACGGUAAACACGAAUGUAAGUUUAGUGAGAAUUUGUUAUAUCAUGUCUUGGUUAUCUUUGGUGUGGAUGCUUUUAACAUCAACUAUUUCGUUAGCAUCUUGUGCUGUACCAUUUAGUAUUUUACCUCCACUUCCGGUUUGCUCUUAUCUACUUAAAAUAUCGUCCUGGGAGCGUUUUGAGUUAUACAUAAAAUAUUUUAGUUUAGUUUCAGAUAUCUUAACUUUCACAGGACAACAUAAUUACACCCCACAACACGCAGCGCUUUUGGCUGUGUUUAUUAUUGCGAAAUUAAUUAGUUUGUUUUUGUUGGCGAUUUGUUGUUCGCAAAUUUUUUGUAUUGUUAAAGAUUGUAGUCAAAGGAGAAUUUCUUAUCGAAAUUUUGGUAAACGUAUACAAACGUUUUUGCGUCUCGAAAAUGUUUCUAUCGCGCUCGUUGAUCGCACGAUGAGAUAUAUUGAGUUGCUUUGGAUGAGAAGUAAAGGAUGUAAUUAUCCGGAAUUGUUAAAAUCGGCCCCUUUAUAUCUUCAAGAUGCGAUUUUAAACGAUGCUUAUCAUAAAUUAAUCGGAUUACAUCCGAUUUUUAUUCAUUGCCAUAGAGAUUUUAUUCGACAAGUUAUUCAAAAAACAAAGACUAAUAUUUAUUUCAACGAUGAUUACAUCCAAUUUAAAGGAUCGAUUUCGACGAGUAUGUACUUUAUUUAUAAAGGAAAUGUAAAGGUUUUUGAAGAAACCCCAACGCACGAUGUUAAGAUAAAAACUUUGAACGCCGGGGAAUCUUUUGGAAUCGUCGAGGGGCUUUAUGGAAAAAAGAAGCAUUCGUAUACUUUUCAAGCGGAUGGAACCGUUAUUGUUGUUAGCUUGGAAUUUGAAAAGUGGGGAUUUCUUUUGGAUUUUUUUCCUGCUAGUAAAGUUCGAUUGUAUAGUAUGGCUAUGGAUUAUAUUCCGAAUGAAAAAGUGUAA